UCAAGCAUACGAGCAGCUCGGCAAUGACCCGAGCAUGGGCGACACAGCCCCUCCUCAGUUACCUAACGACCAAGUCUGGAAGGAGCCGGCUCCCGUGCAGGAGACUGUGCUUAUGCCGUACGCAGCUGUCGAUUCCUCGUUGCGCGCCAUGGCUGGUCAGGCCGAGGGCUUCGGCCGGCACGCCAUCGGCGGCCUCCACGGCGACGUCUACCACGUCACAAACCUCCAUGGUACCCACGUUCUCUCCGUCAACUCUCCGCAUUAGAUUCGUUGUAGCACUGAAGUUGAACGAUGUCUUCAGAUGACGGGCCCGGCUCGCUCCGGGAUGGUUGCCGCCGCCGCGAGCCGCUGUGGAUCGUCUUCGACGUAUCCGGCACCAUCCGCCUCGCUUCAGGCCUCCGCGUGUCCUCCUACAAGACCGUCGACGGCCGCGGGCAGCGCAUCGUCCUCUCCGGCAAGGGCCUGCUGCUGCGGGAGUGUGAGCACGUGAUCCUCUGCAACCUGGAGGUGGAGGGCGGGCGCGGGCACGACGCCGACGCCGUCCAGAUCAAGCCCGGGUCGAGGCACGUGUGGGUGGACCGGUGCGGCCUGCGCGACUUCGCCGACGGCCUCCUGGACGUGACCUGCGGCAGCACGGACGUGACGGUGUCGCGGUGCCGCUUCUGGGCGCACGACAAGGCCGUGCUCAUCGGCGCCAGCAGCGGCCACGUCGGAGACCGGCGCAUCCGGGUGACCAUCCACCACUGCUUCUUCGACGGCACCCGGCAGCGGCAGCCGCGCGUCAGGUUCGGCAGGGUGCACCUCUACAACAACUACACCAGGAACUGGGGCAUCUACGCCGUCUGCGCCAGCGUAGAAUCACAGAUCAUCUCCCAGUGCAACAUCUACGAAGCAGGGGACAAGAAAAAAGUGUUCAUGUACAUGCCAGAGCAGGCGGCAGACAAGGACCGGAGUUCAGGUGGGCGCAUCCGGUCUGAAGGCGACCUGUUCCUGAACUGUGCGCAGGAGCACACCGGAGAUGAUUCAGAAACUGCAGAAGACAACCCGUGGGACUUCGAGGUCCGGGAAUGCUACCAGCCUUGUUCCGUCCAGCCGGCGUCAUUGGCGCUCAAGGAGCUCCUGGAGUACCGCACCGGCUGGCAGCCGGUUCCGUUGCCAGAAGACAUUUGCUUCCAAGGAAAACCUGCUGUUGCACAUCUGAACCGCUGAAAUUUUAGAGCACGCGGUCCAAAUAAAUUUACCCGAAUAAUCGUAGCCAUAGUAGCAUUAUAUCUGGCAGAUAUAAUAUAAUCAAUAAUGUGGACGAUGUCGGAAUU